AUGCCGUCCCUUGCUAGAAGUCUGCGCUCGACACGAAGAGCAAUUGCCAACAAUCUCGGCGCUGGCAGCUGUCGUCUGACUCAUUAUACUUUGCCUGCCCAAGGGCUGCAUGCGACCUCGAAUCAAAUUUAUCCCCGUGCCCCCACCAUCCCCCACCAUCAAAACCACCCCCGCCGCCCUCUUCUUUUAACCUCAAAACCCCCCAAGGGGACGAAGGAUUGGGCCGGAAGCGAUGCGCUUCUGCGUGACAAGAUCUUUACCACGAUUUCAAAUGUCUUCAAGCGUCACGGAGGCACUGCCCUCGACACCCCCGUCUUUGAGCUGCGCGAGAUCCUGGCUGGAAAGUAUGGCGAGGACUCCAAGCUCAUCUACGAUCUCCAGGACCAGGGUGGUGAGAUUUGCUCCCUGCGUUAUGACCUGACAGUUCCCUUUGCCCGCUGGCUCGCCAUGAACCCCGACGUCCGCAGCAUCAAACGCUACCACAUCGCCAAGGUCUACCGUCGUGACCAGCCCGCUGUCAGCAAGGGCCGCAUGCGUGAGUUCUACCAGUGCGACUUCGAUAUCGCCGGUGCCUUUGACGCCAUGGUGCCAGAUGCCGAGGUGAUGCGCAUUGUGAGCGAGGUGUUUGAGGAGCUGGGAUGGAAUGGCCGAUACACAAUUAAGAUCAACCACCGCAAGGUUCUGGACGGUGUAUUCGCUGUGUGCGGUGUCCCCGAGGACAAGAUUCGACCGAUCUCGAGUGCUGUUGAUAAGUUGGACAAGAUGCCGUGGGCGGACGUGCGCAAGGAGAUGGUCGACGAUAAGGGUCUUGACGGUGCUAUUGCGGACCGUAUCGAGACAUAUGUCAUGCACAAGGGUGGUCGGGAGCUGCUGGACCGUCUGCUGCAAGACGAGACUCUUAUUGCAAAUGAGUCUGCCAAGGCCGGUUUGACCGAUAUGGCUCUGUUGAUGGAUUACCUUGAGGCCUUUAACUGCCUCGAUAAGAUCUCUUUUGACAUGUCUCUGGCACGUGGCCUGGAUUAUUAUACUGGUGUGAUCUAUGAGGUUGUCACCGAGGGCUCUGCCCCCGCUGUGCAGGCUGAUUCUGCCGAGGCCCAAAAGCCGCAAAAGCCCUCUAAGAAGAAGGCUUCUGAAGAUGAUGACCGGUCCAAUGACCCCACUCUGGGUGUUGGUAGUGUCGCCGCUGGUGGUCGUUAUGAUAACCUGGUGGGCAUGUUCCUUCCCAAGGCCCAGAUUCCCUGCGUCGGUGUCUCCUUCGGCGUGGACCGAAUUUUCUCCAUCACCAAGGCGCGCCUCGAGCGUGAUCAGGCUGCCCAAGCCCUUCGCCGCAGCGAAGUCGACGUUUACGUCAUGGCUAUUGGCGGCAAGGGCUUCAACGGUAUGCUCAAGGAGCGUAUGGAGAUGUGCCAGAAGCUUUGGAGUGCCGACAUUAAGGCCGAAUUCAACUACAAGCAGAAGCCCAAACUCCAGCAACAAUUCAAGGCUGCCGAGGACGGUGGCAUUCCCUUCGGCCUCAUUCUGGGCGAGAGCGAACUGGCCGAGGGCAAGGUCCGCAUCAAGGAGCUGGGUCUCAAGCUUCCCGACGGCCACCCCGAGAAGGACGGUGUCGACAUUGAGCUGGCCUCUUUGAUCCCCGAGCUCAAGGCCCGCCUUGAGAAGAAACAGUCCGGCUCUGUCGUCAGCCUCGCGCAACAGCUCCAGGGCGUGCAGGUUUAA